AUGACAUCCAUAACCUCGGCAUGCUUGUCCUGGAUUCCAGCCUUGUGGAACAAAUUAGCAGUACUAGGACUAGGAGAGAUCCUAGGAAGGCCGUACAGACAUAUUCCCGACGAAGUCCUCCUGCAAAUUCUCAGCAAACUCCCGGCUAAAUCUGUCCUAAGAUGUCGAUGCGUCUGUCGGAGAUGGAAGGCCUUGACCUCCACUCAGGAAUUUGCGCAGUUGCAUUUCCCCCACAGCGUUCCAAUGGUUAUUGUUGUCCGGCAGAGGGAAGCUGAAGGGGAGCAGAAGGAAAUAUAUUUGGUCGACACAUGUGAAUCCACAGAAGAAACAGCAACCCCGCAGAGCAAUCGUUGUAGAAUCAGCGUUAACUUUGUCAGGCCGGUUUCCAAAUCCGAUCGCCAAGAAUUCUCGUAUUCUUCCAAUGGCUUGGUCAUUUUCCGGGAGGAGUUCCGGAGAUCAACCGCCGGGUUGGAGCACUACGUCCUCCUGAAUCCCCUUACGCGGCAGAAGGUGAGAUUAAUCACCCCUAAAGGUCUGAUUUACGGAAUCUUUUCCAACCCUUUUGCCAAAGAUCAGCACUGUUUGCUCUGGGGAGGAAGAUUCCAACGUGAAAACGGGAGCAUGCCGUUCAGAAUAGUUGUUUUGGGUGGCGGGUCGAACUCGGAAUCAGAACAAUCCGAUGAAUCGCAAACAUCUUGCUGCUGGAGAGAGCUGUACGAGGAUGAUGAUGCUCCGUUUUCAUACCAACCCAGGGCUCAAACUCCUCCGGUAAUCGUAGACAACGUUCUUUACUGGAUGGUUGGAAAUCGAUAUGCAAUUGCAAGGCAGAGUUCGCCCUCGCCUCUUCCGAGGACUAGGUUGGCUCCUCGUUGUGCAGAAUCAAUCAUGAAAUUGGACACGAAAACAGAGAAAUUCUCCGUGAUGCCUCAUCCAGGUCCUCAAAAUCAAUACUGCAAGGACGAUCCUGAGCACAGCAGGAUGCAUUUGGUAGAAAUGGAUGACCGCGGUUUCCUCUGCUUGUGUGAAUCCUCCUUGUUCGAAGAGUCGAUCAACAUCUGGAUCUUGAGGCACCAAGAUUGCGGAAACAGCACUAGACCAUCUUGGAUCAGAUGGCACAGGGUUGGCAUUGACUUGGAUGUAGACCGCUUUCCAUUUACCACCUCGAGAUCGAAUCAUAACGUCCAACCUGUUGUGAUCGUAGGCAAAGAAUUACUACUGGAAUGGCCAAACAGGGGGCUAUUUGGCCUGAAUUUGGAGAAUGGUUCAGUGAGGAUAUUUGACAGAAAACUUGAGUAUAGAACCAAUGCUUCCAUGUAUGCUCAUACUCCUAGCUUUGUCCCUAUAAGCAACUGCGAGCCCGAAAUCUUGAUGUCCACAUAG